GCCUCCGUCCUCUUUCUCCGGGUGUGUGCGCGCGCGCGGAUUGCACGGUUUGCUUUGGCAGGAGCUUGCUCGUGUGUGCGCGUGUGUGAGUGUGCGUGUGUGGAGAGCGCCGGAGCCUUGCUCGCUCUCGGAGAGUCGAAGAAGAGAAAGAACCGAAGAGGCGGCGGCGGCGGCGCGGAGCUCGGGGCCGCGCGAUGAAGCUCCCACAUGCCCUCAGCUGCCCGGCCCGGCCGGCGAGCUAAUCGGCCACCCCGCGGGCUCCGGGCUCCGCGACCCCCGGGACGCAGCCCUCAGCGGCCGGGCGCCCGCUCCGCCCGCGCGCCCCCACCGUGCACCCGGGAAGGAGUUUGCGUGGCCCUCGCUCCGGCUCUCGGCGCAGGUUGCGGGCGCGAGAGGAGACCCUCCGCGGGGGAAAACCUCAGGAGAAGGAGGCGGGUUUGGCGGAGAAGAAGCCACCCCGGGCUCUCGCGGCUCCCCCUACCUAUUCCAUUGCGCCCUUCCCCAAGCGGAAAGGGGAGGACGAGGAAGAAGAAGAGAAAGAAGGCGAAGGGGGUGGGGUGGGAGAACUGGAUAUAAAGAUCGGCUGGGGGGAUGGUGGAAGAUUUUUGGUCUCUUCAGCAGCGUCUUUCCUUAAGCGGCGGCAGCAGCAGCGGCGGCCGCAGCAGGAGCAGGAGAAGCAGCCUCAGCUAUGACUGCCGCCUGUUACUAGCUGCCGCUUGGGUCUCGGCUGCUGCUGGAGACUGAGCCCGACUCCGAAGUUGUGCAACUGUGGACUGGGAGAGACAUUUGAACCCUCCUCUCUCUUUGCUCCGUUUUUACCCCCUGGUGUGUUUGAAGCAAGAACACGUAAAGGAAGACAAACAUUUGGUUCUUCCCCCCCCCCCCCCCCGACCUUUCUCCAAGGCUGUGUAGUAGAAGAAAGGGGGAAGGAGAGACUUUUUGUUGUUGUUUCUUUGGCCGGGGUCUCCACCCUCCUGCUGCCUUCUCUGCGCUUUGGUGUCAUUCUUUGCCGCGUGUGGUGGGGUGUCUUCUCUGGGGCCGGCCGGUCUUCUGCCCCGGGCUCCAUGGCUGGAUUGUGGAAACUGCACCCGGCUGCAGGUUGUUGAGCAAACUGAUGGGACGAUCUCAGGGACCGGCGGUUACGAAAGAAAUGUUUAAAUGUUCAGUAAAUCGGAGGAAAAGAACAUGGACUUUUAGCUACUGAAGAGCAAAUUAAGGAUUCAAAUUUGGGAUAUUGGUGUUUCUGUGUUUGAGAAAUUUUUUUUUGAGGGAUUUUGUUGUUUUUUUUUUAAAUCAUCGGUCUUGGAAUACAGAAGAGGAAUCAGAAAGACACUUAUUUCAUUUCACGUCGUGAACGCUCGCUCUUGAGGCACUCUUACACCCCAGUACACAGCCAUGUGGCCAUCACAGCUACUAGUCUUCAUGAUGCUUGCAGCACCAAUCAUUCAAGCUUUCAGCCGUGCCCCAAUUCCGAUGGCUGUGGUCCGCAGAGAGCUCUCCUGUGAGAGCUACCCCAUAGAGCUCCGCUGUCCAGGAACGGAUGUCAUCAUGAUAGAAAGUGCCAACUAUGGGAGGACUGAUGACAAAAUUUGUGACUCUGACCCUGCUCAGAUGGAGAAUAUCCGAUGCUACCUGCCAGAUGCCUAUAAGAUUAUGUCUCAAAGGUGCAAUAACAGAACGCAGUGUGCAGUGGUGGCAGGUCCUGAUGUUUUUCCAGACCCGUGUCCAGGAACCUAUAAAUACCUUGAAGUGCAGUAUGAAUGUGUCCCUUACAUUUUUCUUUGUCCUGGACUACUAAAAGGAGUAUACCAGAGUGAACAUUUGUUUGAAUCUGACCACCAAUCUGGGGCAUGGUGCAAAGACCCUCUACAGGCUUCUGACAAGAUUUACUAUAUGCCCUGGACUCCCUACAGAACCGAUACUCUGACUGAGUACUCAUCCAAGGAUGACUUCAUUGCUGGAAGGCCAACUACAACCUACAAGCUUCCUCACAGGGUGGAUGGCACAGGAUUUGUAGUGUAUGAUGGAGCUUUGUUUUUCAACAAAGAGCGCACCAGGAACAUAGUAAAAUUUGAUUUGCGGACUAGGAUAAAGAGUGGAGAGGCGAUCAUAGCAAAUGCCAAUUACCAUGAUACCUCCCCUUACCGAUGGGGAGGCAAAUCUGACAUAGACCUUGCAGUGGAUGAAAAUGGGCUCUGGGUAAUCUAUGCAACAGAACAAAAUAAUGGUAAAAUUGUCAUUAGUCAAUUGAACCCUUACACCCUACGGAUUGAAGGGACAUGGGAUACUGCAUAUGAUAAAAGAUCAGCUUCCAAUGCAUUUAUGAUUUGCGGGAUUCUGUAUGUGGUCAAAUCUGUAUAUGAGGAUGACGACAACGAGGCCACUGGGAAUAAGAUUGACUACAUUUACAACACCGACCAAAGUAAGGAUAGUUUGGUGGAUGUACCCUUUCCCAAUUCAUACCAGUACAUAGCAGCUGUGGAUUACAACCCCAGGGACAACCUUCUCUACGUAUGGAAUAACUAUCAUGUCGUGAAAUACUCUUUGGAUUUUGGACCUCUGGAUAGUAGAUCAGGGCAGGCACAUCAUGGACAGGUGUCCUACAUCUCUCCACCUAUUCACCUUGACUCUGAGCUAGAAAGACCCCCUGUUAGAGAAAUCUCUACCACAGGACCUCUUGGCAUGGGAAGCACCACCACCAGCACCACCCUACGGACCACAGCAUGGAGCCCAGGAAGGAGUACCACCCCAUCAGUGUCAGGAAGACGAAACCGGAGCACCAGCACCCCGUCUCCAGCUGUGGAGGUGCUUGAUGACAUGACCACACAUCUGCCAUCGGCAUCAUCCCAAAUCCCAGCUCUGGAGGAGAGCUGUGAAGCUGUGGAAGCCCGAGAAAUCAUGUGGUUUAAGACCCGUCAAGGACAGAUGGCCAAGCAGCCGUGCCCUGUGGGAACAAUAGGAGUAUCAACUUAUCUCUGUCUGGCUCCUGAUGGAAUCUGGGAUCCCCAAGGACCGGAUCUUAGCAAUUGUUCUUCUCCUUGGGUCAACCAUAUAACACAAAAGUUGAAAUCUGGAGAGACAGCUGCCAACAUUGCUAGAGAGCUGGCUGAACAAACAAGAAAUCAUCUGAAUGCUGGAGACAUCACCUACUCAGUCCGCGCCAUGGACCAGCUGGUAGGCCUCCUAGAUGUACAACUCCGGAACUUGACCCCAGGUGGAAAAGAUAGUGCUGCACGGAGUUUGAACAAGCUUCAGAAAAGAGAGCGCUCUUGCAGAGCCUAUGUCCAGGCAAUGGUCGAGACAGUUAACAACCUCCUCCAGCCACAAGCCUCAAAUGCAUGGAGAGACCUGACUACAAGCGAUCAACUACGGGCAGCGACCAUGUUGCUUGACACUGUGGAGGAAAGUGCUUUUGUGCUGGCUGAUAACCUUUUGAAGACUGACAUUGUCAGGGAGAACACAGACAAUAUUCAAUUGGAAGUUGCAAGGCUGAGCACAGAAGGAAACUUAGAAGACCUAAAAUUUCCGGAAAACAUGGGUCACGGAAGCACUAUCCAGCUUUCCGCAAAUACUUUAAAACAAAAUGGUCGAAACGGAGAGAUCAGAGUGGCUUUUGUCUUAUACAACAACUUGGGUCCUUAUUUGUCCACGGAGAAUGCCAGCAUGAAGUUGGGAACAGAGGCUAUGUCCACCAAUCAUUCUGUUAUCGUCAAUUCCCCUGUUAUUACAGCAGCAAUAAACAAAGAGUUCAGCAAUAAGGUUUAUUUAGCUGAUCCUGUGGUGUUCACUGUUAAACAUAUUAAGCAGUCCGAGGAGAAUUUCAACCCUAACUGUUCAUUUUGGAGCUAUUCCAAACGCACAAUGACAGGUUAUUGGUCAACACAAGGCUGCCGGCUCCUGACAACAAAUAAGACACACACUACAUGCUCCUGUAAUCACCUAACCAAUUUUGCAGUACUGAUGGCACAUGUGGAAGUUAAGCACAGUGAUGCAGUCCAUGACCUUCUUCUGGAUGUGAUCACGUGGGUUGGAAUUUUGCUGUCGCUUGUUUGUCUCCUGAUUUGCAUCUUCACAUUUUGCUUUUUCCGCGGGCUCCAGAGUGACCGUAAUACCAUCCAUAAGAACCUCUGCAUCAGCCUUUUUGUAGCUGAACUGCUCUUCCUGAUCGGGAUCAACCGAACUGACCAACCAAUUGCUUGUGCUGUUUUCGCUGCCCUCUUACAUUUCUUCUUCCUGGCCGCCUUCACCUGGAUGUUCCUGGAGGGAGUGCAACUCUACAUCAUGCUGGUGGAGGUUUUCGAGAGCGAGCAUUCCCGGAGGAAAUACUUCUACCUAGUGGGAUACGGGAUGCCCGCACUCAUCGUGGCUGUGUCAGCCGCGGUAGACUAUAGGAGUUACGGAACAGAUAAAGUAUGUUGGCUCCGACUUGAUACCUACUUCAUUUGGAGCUUUAUAGGACCAGCGACCUUGAUAAUUAUGCUUAAUGUAAUCUUCCUUGGGAUUGCUCUAUAUAAAAUGUUUCAUCAUACUGCCAUUCUGAAACCUGAAUCGGGCUGCCUUGAUAAUAUCAAGUCAUGGGUUAUAGGUGCAAUAGCCCUUCUCUGCCUAUUAGGAUUGACCUGGGCCUUUGGACUCAUGUAUAUUAAUGAAAGCACAGUCAUCAUGGCAUAUCUCUUCACCAUAUUCAAUUCUCUGCAGGGAAUGUUUAUAUUCAUUUUCCAUUGUGUCCUACAAAAGAAGGUACGAAAAGAGUAUGGGAAAUGCCUGCGAACACAUUGUUGCAGUGGCAAAAGUACAGAGAGUUCCAUUGGCUCAGGGAAAACAUCUGGUUCUCGAGCACCUGGACGCUACUCCACAGGCUCACAGAGCCGAAUUCGUAGAAUGUGGAAUGACACGGUCCGAAAGCAGUCAGAGUCUUCCUUCAUUACUGGAGAUAUAAACAGUUCAGCGUCACUCAACAGAGAGGGGCUUCUGAACAAUGCCAGGGAUACAAGUGUCAUGGAUACUCUACCACUGAAUGGUAACCAUGGCAAUAGUUACAGCAUUGCCAGUGGUGAAUACCUGAGCAACUGUGUGCAAAUCAUAGACCGUGGCUAUAACCACAACGAGACCGCCCUAGAGAAAAAGAUUCUGAAGGAACUCACUUCCAACUAUAUCCCGUCUUACCUGAACAACCACGAGCGCUCCAGUGAACAGAACAGGAAUCUGAUGAACAAGCUGGUGAAUAACCUCGGCAGUGGGAGUGAAGAUGAUGCCAUUGUCCUGGAUGACGCCACCUCCUUUAACCAUGAGGAGAGUUUGGGCCUGGAACUCAUCCAUGAGGAAUCUGAUGCUCCUUUGCUUCCCCCGAGGGUCUACUCCGCGGAGAACCACCAGCCACACCAUUACACCAGAAGGCGGCUCCCCCAAGACCACAGUGAGAGCUUUUUCCCUUUACUAACCAACGAGCACACAGAGGAUCUCCAGUCACCCCAUAGGGACUCUCUGUACACCAGCAUGCCGGCCCUGGCUGGUGUGCCUGCCACAGAGAGCGUUACCACCAGCACCCAGACCGAACCCCCACCGGCCAAAUGUGGUGAUGCCGAAGAUGUUUACUACAAAAGCAUGCCAAACCUAGGCUCCAGAAACCACGUCCAUCAGCUGCACACCUACUACCAGCUAGGACGUGGCAGCAGUGAUGGAUUUAUAGUUCCUCCAAACAAAGAUGGGACCCCUCCAGAGGGCAGUUCGAAAGGACCAGCUCAUUUGGUCACUAGUCUAUAGAAGAUGACACAGAAAUUUAAGCCAACAGAACUAACAGCUGGUUGACUGUUCUGAGUUGAUAUAAGCAGGGGUAAUAAUGUGUGUACUCUUAAAUCUUUAUGCUGUUCUUGAGAGACAAACACAAACUUCCAGACUUUUUUUUUUUUUUUUUUAAACUGGGAUUUUUAGGUCAGCCCGGGGGAGAAAGAUAACUGCUGAAAUUCCCCCGUGCCCUCUCCUUUCCUGUCUUUCCCCCUCAGAUGGAGACUUCAUUAUGUUAAUGAACGAGAUAUGAAGAAAAUGGCGCUCAUUGUGGCCUUGUAGAAUUCUGUUGUGUUUGUUCUAACAUCUCUGAUGCUCUGUUACUAUAAUAACAAGGACCUGAUUUUUAAAAGGCCAGAAUGGUUGUUCGAAAUUAGUAACAGUGCUGCAUCUAGAUUGGAGUGCUGCACAAACAAACAUAAAAACAAAGCAAAACUGCAUCACAUAGUGGUUUUUAGUCACUCACAACCUGAAUUCACGGCAGCAGGAAUAGCUGUGGAAUACAAGAUAAAACAACAAAAUAAUGAAAUGGAGGGGAAUUCUAGAAUUAUAUGCUAAAUGCAUAUUUUAUGAUUUGCUGUAUUAACUGAUGAUAAAACUAAUGGCAGAAAAAAAUUGAACAAUUUCUAUGUAAUGUACAGAUACUAGCAUUGCACAUAUAGUCAGCUUUCUGUUCCUCCAGAAUUUGAGUCCUGUUAAUGUAGUGGAAAAAAAGAGAUAUUUUCUUUUUCUUUCGUGCUGGUCUUGCAAGUUUGUCUACCAGUAAGAGAGCAGUUUCCUUCCUUUCUUCUUUCUUUUCUUUCUUCCUUCAUUUUCUUUUCCUUUUUUUCCUCUCUUUUCCUUUUUUUCUCUUUUCCUUUUUUUCUUUCUUUCUUCUUUCUUUCUUUCUUUCUUUCUUUCUUUCUUUCUUUCCUUCUUUUUUUCUUUCUUCCUUUCUUCUUUUUUUUAUUGCUUUUUUUCUUUAAAAUUUCACCUGGCAAAAAAUAAAUAAAUAAAUAAAUAAAACUAUCACUUUAUAAGAAUCAUUUUCUAGUAAUACAAAUUAUUUUUUACAAAAAAAAUAAAAUAAAUAAAAUUAGACUUUCUUCCCUCACUAUAUAUCUUUAUUCAGUCAGAGUAUUUCCAAGAGCAUUUUUGCAAAUUAGAGCAGGACGAACUUCUAUGUUUACAGUGCACAUCUGUUGUAAUGCAAAGCAUAUUUGGCAAGCAGUUCAUCACCAAGACAGUAGCUAUGAUUCUAGAAGUCAAGAGGUGUCAAUAGAACUAGUGGGGCUUCUGCAUGUAAAAAAAAAAAACAAACGGUAUCCCAUAGGCGUUAAAGUGCUGAAUGCUCAGUCUGAUCCCCAAGUGGGCACCUGCACUACCAAUUUUUAAAGGAAAUUCACUCCCUUGUAGUAAGAAUUGAAAGGUCAAGUUAUUUUGAAGUGAUUUUUUUUCAAAAAACUUCUGUUUAUUAACAGGAAAAUUUAUUUAUUUGACAGGAUUUUAAGUAAUGUAGGAAUACAAGAGGUAAAUUAGCAGCACAUAUAAUUUUUUUUUUAAAUUUAUGAUCCAUUUUGUAUGGUCUCAAAGUUGGAUGACCUCAUUACUAAUAUUUGUUGUAAAAGUGAAACUUGUUUGCCAAACAAUAAACAACUGAUUGAGAUUUAGAAGAUAUUGUUUUGAUGUAUGUACUAUAUGAUUAAUUACUCUUUUCAUUUUUCUCGUCUUUCCUUCUGUUUUCAUUAUAUAUACUUUGCUAAUCUUCUAUGGCCCAAAUGAGCCAUGCAAAAGAAAUCAAAUCUGCCUAGAUGGAUAACCUAAGCACAAAAUUACACCAUUUUUGCAGACAAAGUAAACCAGAGAAAUGGGAUGGGCAUGUUUAUGUUGGAUGAAAUAAGAUACAUAACUUACUUUUAAGCAGGUUAAUAUGUUACUAUGUGCUUAUUUUAUAAACCAGCUGGAGUCACUAUGCCUACUAUAAAAACCAGCUUCAAUCAGAGAUUUAAGUAUGGAAUUGGAGGAGGGGGUGGGUCAUGUCUUUUUCUUCCUUGUAGGUCCCAUUUCGAUGUUAAAUUUAAAGUCACUCAAUUGGCUAAAAAAAUGCCAGAAUAAUGGCAAAGUGAAUAUCCAUUUUAUAAAGAUAAUAUAUUUUUAUGCUAAUUUUUCUUGUCCCAUAUAUGGAAAAAAGUCCUUUCAAAGAAAUUUUCUACAUCUCCAGUUACUGAAGAACCCUUAUCAGCAGUGUCUAAGCAUGGAGUCCCUUCUAGAGCAAAGCCAGAAUGAAUUUGCCAAAUUAGAAUUUCUCUUGUAGUGUGUGGUAUUUUGGUGAUUUCUUUUUUUCUUUUCCCCCCCAAAUCUAAACACCACCCAUCUAUAAAUUAAUUUCUUAAGAUGAGAAGGAGUAGUUUACAGAAUAGCCAGUAAUCUAUAUAUAGUUUAAAAAUAUACAACAAAAAAAAUUCUGUGCUGGACCAGAGUACAUCAUAACCUUAAUAUCACCUUAGAAUAUCUUAUUUAUCAUUCCUUUUUGGUCACUUAACUGAAGUAUUUUUUAAGUCUCCAGAUUUUUUUUAAGUUGCAGGAGAACCUCAAGCUUUAAUGGUAAUUAGGUUUUCUCAUACCACCCUAUGGCAAUAUUAACACCUGACAGGUGGUUAUCCUAUCUGUUGCAUAGAAUACAGUUGGUAAUGAAAGAACUCUUUUUUGACAAGUUUAAGGUAACUUCAGAAACACAGAUGUUGGUCUGUGGAUUAUGAGCACUUAUGCUUGUUUUACCAAUUCAACAGAAAUCCAUAUGAAAGCAGCUCUGUCAGUAAGAAGCCAGUUUCACAGAAUGGGGAAACUACCUCAACUCAGCUUGCUGAUGCUGCCAAUUCUGAUUUUCAGAUAUCGCUACCUCCCCACACGUUAUCUUUUAUGUUUCAUUACGUGGAAAUUUGAAACAGGUAGCCUCCCAGCUUUACAUAGACCAAGCUGAAGAAAAUCACUUGAAUACAUAAAUUGGCGCAGAAGGCCAUUUCGUACUGUCAGUUACUACCAAGCUCUUGCAGCAAGAUGAAAGGAUGAGAUUUUUGAAUUUGAAUACAUCAUAAUUGAUGUGCUUUCAGAAAGACUUAAGAUCCCAAAGACUUUUACAGAAAGAGAUUGUUCCCCCAAGUUUUAUGUGACUAUAAUAAAACAAAACAGUAAAGAAAUUAAUUAUGUAUACAUUUCAAUAGAAAUUUGUGUAUAUCUACCAUGUAUUCAUUUAGUCCAUUUUACACUAGCAAGGGUUGAAUUCUUGAACUUGACUUUUUUCCCCACGUCUUCCCUUGUGUAGCUAUUGAUAAAUUAAUAAUUUUAAAUUUUUUUCUUGUUUUUUUACCACCUUAGGUUGACUAUGUUUUAAUACCCUGUGCCAUACAUGACCUACUUAUCUGCAUAUUUCUGAUAUGUUUAUCUGAUUUUCUGUAAAGUAAAUUUUCACCAAACAUACUGUACAUACAUAAGCACAUUAUUUGGAUAGCCGCAAGUAAAAGUUACGCCAAUGAAACAAACCAAUUAUUAUUUCCUAGUAAAAUAAUAUUUUCAUAAUGUUUUACUCUUGAACUUUUUUUUCGUUUUGAGGUCUAUUUCCCAUGCUACUUUAUCAGGACACUAGCUAACAGACCUCAUGUUUAGCUGAAUCACAGACUGUUGGAUUGUUGCACAGCCCAUGUUCCUAAUUGAUAAUAUUUAUGGAGAAAUCUAAAUUUUGUGAAGGAGAAAUAGAUUUGAUUUCCUUUAAGUUUUUUGAGUAUCCCUCUGGUUCCACACUACUAAAGUUAAAAAUACUAUAGUUGAAUAAUAAAUUGCUAUGCUAAAAUAAUCAUAAUGACAAAAAAGAAUUUGCAUGAGAACAAUUAUGUUGAAAUGAAAAUAAUCAGGAAACUGUAUUAAUCAAAUGCAGAUAAUGGAAAUAUGUCAAACAAAUUGUCAAACAAAUUCACAAAGGCUCUAAAUUAAAAGUGUAGUUUAUGACCUAUAUUUUUUAAAUCCCCAUUAACCUAAAAAUGUCAACAUAUUGAUAAAAGAUCUUUAAAAUUUAGUGGUUUUUUGUUUUUUAAUAUUAACUUAGUUGGUAUGAUGAAAUGUUUCAUGGUAAUGCAGAUAAACGUAUAAGACAAUUAGUAAUAUUUAUAGACUUAAUUUUAGGCAAUAUCUUCAGCUUUUUCCCCCCACACAUGUUCAAAUCGAUUGACUGGUUUGUUUACUUUAAAAAAUGACAUUAAAGACUUUAAAGAUUGACUUUCUGCAUUAUAGAGACCAAAAGGGAGAGGAAAAAUAGUUUCUGGGUUGUCUAAAGAUCAACUCCAACUAAUCAAUAAUCAUCUCCUAUUAGUGAAAGAAUAAUUUGUUUUUAGAAAUUGUUCAUUAAUACUGUACCAAGGUGCUACUGCUUGAGA